GUCUCUACACUAUACAUAGAAACAAUCCUCAACCCUCAAAAUUCAUAAUUGUACUGCGCAUUUUUAGUAAUUCAACCUCAGUACAAAUACAAAACGUGUUAUUGACGUUACUUUUCCUUGGAGAAAUACCAAUUUAAUUAUAAAAUCUAAAAGGUGUUAUAAAGAAUUAAUUCUAUGUUCGAUUAAUAACGGUGUAAAGAGUGAAAAUGUUUUUCUUCAUAUUAAUAAUUCUCUUGGGGUCAAGCGCAGUGUCCAGUGAAAACCAAAACUGUCUCACCUUCUUCAUAGAAGGAUCUAGAGACAACCAAACUAUUAUAAGUUUAAACAUUGAUGAAGAUAAUGCUAAUUCUUCACUUUCGGAUGAUUAUGAAAACAGACUUAAUGUUUAUGAAUGGAUUGUGUACGCUAAGACGAUUGGCACGUGCCAAAGAAAACCACGUGGAGUACCUUGUAAUUUACUCGCGUGGAAGACCGCACGCGUGUUACAAAAUCAAUUGCAGCAGAAUCAAUUAAUCGUUGACGUGAAUGGGCAAGUUGUGAAUGUUGUAAGAUACGAUGGAAAUAAUAUAGGAAUAAUAAUCAAUAACGGUUUAAUUGAGUUUGGUAUUUUAUACACAAUUGACUUGAAAAUUAUACGUGAUGGUAAAGUAAUCAAUAAAAAGUGUCUAGAAAUUUCCACAAGAAUUGAAAAUACUGUAGAUGAAGACAUUUCUCUGGAAUUAAACUCGACAAAUGCAAAUGAUUUGGAAUUAGUCUUGAUUGGUCCCAAUCGAAUUCACUGCACAAGUGAAUUAAUAAUUAAUGCGUUUAUUGUGGGAACUUGUCCAAAUGCCACUUUUCAAUGGAAAUUAAAAGAAAAUCCAGCUGCAACACCGCAGUAUUUAAAUAAUGCGGGUUCACGGCUUGAAAUCCCGAAAAACACUUUGAAAAAUGCUAGAACCUAUGAAAUUAUUUGUGAAUUAAUACAAAAUGACAACGUUUUAACCUCGGAUAUUUUAAGAGUAACUGUGAUAAAACCCAAGUUUGUUAUACGCCUUCAAAGUCGCAAUCAAACUUUAGGUAUUAAUCAACCAAUAAAGGUUAUUGCACAUGUUGAUAUUCCAAGAGAAAUUAAACAUGAGAUGAUUUGGACUUGUACGAUUGAUACGAAACCAUGUGGACGAUUUUCAAGCACUCCAACACUUUAUGUAACAAAGGGAUUUCCUGAACCUGGCGUUUACCAAUUUGAUCUAACAGUUACACUUGUUGGAUUGACUGAAAAACUAACAACGUAUGUUAAAGUUAAACACUUAAAUAGAUCUAUUGAAUACGAUGAAAUCCCCACAUGGACAAAACCCUCAGAACAACUUGAAAUAUCAGCAACUAUGAUGAAUAUACUUUCAGGAUGUACUUUACAAUGGAGAUCGAUUCACAAUCUUACACAAAAUGAGAUCAAUGAGAAAUACAAAGAACUCAACAUAUCACAAACGAAUUAUAAUAAAACUGUGCCUGUGUUUGUAAAACGUGACGCGUUCCUUAAAGAACUAACUCCGUUUAGUGACGAGCCAGGAAAUCAAAGGAUAACUUUAAAAAUUCCACCGAAACUUUUUGAACAGCAACAUGAUGCAAAAUAUCUUCUGCGUUUAAAAACUACUUGUGUUAAGAAAAACAUUAUUGUCGCAGAUAUAGAGAUAAUAACAAAUGCACCGCCGAUUGCAUCGGAUUUAAUUGUUUCUCCUUUAACAGGUGAUGCUUUGAUGACCGUAUUUCGAUUUGAAACAACUCCAGCCAAAGAUAAACCAAUGGAUUUUCCGUUAGUUUAUUAUUUUGGUUGGCUUGAAAGUUCAAAUGAAGUGAAUAUAAAAGAGCCGACAUUUAUCGCAAAAUUCCAAGAUUUUUACACCAUUGAAACUGUUUUACCAUACAUCAAAGAAACAAAUGGUACAUUACUCACAGUAAUGAAAGUUUGUGAUAAUAAAGAUAGUUGUGUGAUGGUUGAAGGUCCGAAAGUUCAGGUUAAAUUACCAUUGGACGGUUCAAAAGAAAAUCUUUCCACUUUUAAGGAUCAAAUAUUCUGCGAUCUUGCUUCCAAUGACUUUGAAAAGUUUAAAAUUGAUAUGAUAAUGAUCUUCAAAACUUACAAAAGCUUACAGAGUGAAUAUUUAUUAAACAAUUUGCAAACGUCAGUGAAUAUUCAACUUAAUGAGAAAAUUAAAGCUUUUAUGGAUACACCUCACAAACAAUCAAUUUAUAACUUGAUUUCUGCUUUGACAUCAACCGAACAUGUUUUUAAACCUUCUACAGAUGUUUUAAACAAUAUUGUAAAACUGCGUGGUAAACUUGUAAACGAAAAAAUGGCAGCUCCAAUUGUGACAGACGAUGAACGCGAUGCUCUCGGAGUGAUUGACGACAUUAAUGCUAAAGAUUUAGACACGGUGACAGUUCAAGAUAUAAGAAAAUACUUUGAAACUACCGAGUUUAUCAUUACAACAUCUGAUGACAUUAAUCUUGUAAAUCAAGAAAAGAUAAUUUCAUUAAGAAUAUGGAUAAAUAUCUAGGAAGUGUGUGCGUUGUUGUAUCGUGAUCGCGAUCCGGAGAAGAAAAAUGUGAAGUUUAAAUUGCAAACCGCGUAUGUAAUGUUGGAAAAAUUCAGCAAUAGCUACUUUAGGAAUUUUAAGUAUGUUCCAAAUCCGACUAAUGAAUGGCAGUCAAAUAUACAACUGAUGCUGAAUCAGUCUUGGCACAUGCAAGUGCAUGAUAAACAAAUGUGUAUUGGGAAAGCAGUUCUUCGUGAUUAUUUAGGAUUUGAUGGAUUAUUAUAUUAUGCCAGAUUGUUUCAGAAUGAUAUGAGCGAGUUUAAGUUGGAUGAACUGCCGAAUACUAUUAUGCAAAGUUUGAAGGGACCUAAUAAAUUUCAAUGUUCAGUUUAUUCGGAGGGUGAUUGGCACAGAUGUCGCAAAGGUCCUUUUGGAUCAAGUAAUUUGGUGUGCAUGUGCAAUAAAAUGGGUUAUUAUCGAAUAGAUAAUUUUACUGAUGGUACUGAUGGAGAUGAGAGUGGAAAUGAAGAUAAUUCAAGUGGGGUAAUACUGGAACAGGAGGUAAUAAUGGAAAUGAUAAUGAAGGAUCCGGUCAAAAUCCAAACAACAAUGGAAACAAUGGUGAUAGUGGUAGUAAUUCUGGGAAUGAUGGAGGCUCUUCCGGUGGCAACAAUGGUGGUGGUCAAGAGAACGGAGCAAGUGGCGGUGAUAAUAACGGUUCGGGAAAUGGUGGAGAUGGUAGUAACACCAAUUCUGGUAGUGGUGGAGGUGAUUCUAAUGAGGAAACAGGAUCAGGAGGAAGUACUGGUACUGGAAAUAAUAAUUCUGGAAGCAAUGACAACACUGGUGGAGGUCAGGAGAACGGAGCAAAUGGCGGUGAUAAUAAUGGUUCGGGAAAUGGUAGUAAUAACAAUUCUGGUAGUGGUGGAGGUGAUUCUAGUAAUAAUGAGGAAACAGGAUCAGGUGGAAGUGCUGGACCAGGAAAUAAUAAUUCGGGAAGCAGUGGCAACACUGGUGGAGGUCAGGAGAACGGAACAAAUGGCGGAGAUAAUAACGGUUCGGGAAAUGGUGAUAACAACAAUUCUGGUAAUGCUGGAGGUGAUUCUACUAAUAAUGAAGAAACAGGAUCUGGUGGAAGUGCUAGCCCGGGAAAUAAUAAUUCGGGAAGCAAUGGUAAUGGCAGUCCAGGUGGUGAUCAAUCCAAUAAUAAUGAAGAUAACAAUACUGGUGGCUCCAAUCAACCUCCAAUUCCAAAUAACGGUGGUACCACGGGUUCUAACAAUAAUAAUGACAAUACUAAUGAAAAUAACGGAAAUUCCGGUAAUAAUGGUGAUGGUUCAUCCAAUGGUAACCCAAAUCAAGGCCCUGGCAACGAACCCGGUAAUAGUAACGGUUCAGGGAAUACUGCAGGUGGAAAUAGUAAUGAUGGAGAAUCAAACACUUCUACUGGAAAUGGGAAUAAUUCAAAUAAUAAUCAGGAAACGGUAAUGGAGAAGUAGAUCCAGACGAAACUGCAGUGGAUGGUGGGAGUGACGGUGAUGAUAUAAAUAAUAUUGAAACUGGUAACUCAAACGGAUCUAGCAACAAUUCUACUAAUACCAAUGAAAAUAAUGAUAACGGUGAUAAUGGAAGCAACUUAAAUAAUAAUACUAAUACGGGAGGUGUUAUCAAUACCAGUACAAUUUCUGCUGGAGGUACUACAGCAGAUCCGAAUGAAACAAACUCAGGAGGAUCAAAUUCUAAUGGUAAUUCAGGUGAUGGAAAUUUGCCCGAGCCAGGAAUUAAUCCAGGAAAUAAUGAUUCAGCGAAUCCUACUAAUCCAUCAGAUAAUGAAAAUAGCAAUAAUCCUAGCGGUACAGAUAAUAAUAAUAAUAAUAAUGGUGGUAAUAAUGAUGUCAACAAUUCAGGUGGAUCAAAUGAUGGGUCUUCAACAAGUACAAGUACAAGUACUCCAACUACUACUGUAUCUACAGUAGCAAAUGUACCUACCAGAAAUACUCCAAUAAAUGCAAAUACCGAAAAUCCAGUUACUACUCGUACAGCACCUGCAGCUACACCAACAUCAACACCAGCAACUGAAAUUCGCUCAGCUGGAUUCAUGUCGCUAGGCGAUCAAAUUUCCUUCGCCGUUGUGGGCCUGUGUAUCCUAGGGACCAGCGGGUUGGUGCUGUUUGGAAUUAUAUCUAAACGAGUAAGGAAGGUACGUGCCGAGGAGCCUGCGCCCCCGCAAACAUUUCCGAUGUAUGCCGACAUUUUCCAAAAGGAAAAUAUGCACGAAGAGUCUUCGUUAUCAUAGUGUCUACUUCGUUUUUUCUCUUUUUGUUAAUAUCUGUAAUUCAACAUACAAGUACGUGUUACAUGAGUGAAAUUUUGAAUAAAUAAAAAUAAAUGAUCUCACUUGAAA